UACAUAGAGUAUUUAUAUCAUUAUUUAGUUUAUUAAUGUGUCCAUAAUGAGCUUUGGUAGUGCUCACUUUGAGGAUUGAACAUUCUGUCUUUCAAAACUUGGCGACCAACGUGACUGAAAACCUGGCAACCCUGUUGGCCAUGGCCAGCUGAUUAUUUGUUUGGUUCAAAUAAUCCGUUUGAAGUUUUUUUCCAGAUUUUUAACUUUCAGGUGGAUUAUUAAUACCUAAAACGUGUUUAUGAAUGGUCUCGUAUAAAAGGUCUGCUUAUGUGAUUUAAAUGUAUGUGAACUGUGCAUUUAACUGUGGAAUUAAUAUGUGCGGCGAUGAAACACGAUAGUUUUAAAAACUCAGUUUUAUUAUAUGUCACAAUAAUAUGAAUUCAGCAGAAGAGCUGGCCUCUUGUCCUUACAAUGCAUGCCACAGAAUCCAAAAAAAAAGAUUUGCUGCACAUCUCUACAAAUGCAAACUGCAGCAUCCUCAUAUCAAACUGGCAAUUUGUGAUUUCAACUCGACUCACCACAUGCCAGAAGAUGAAUUAAACUAUCACCAUGAACAUUGCCCUAGUAGGACGAGCAUUGAAGCCUUAAUUUACAAAGAGGAAGGGGAGUCUAGUAACCAAUACUCAAUUCAAAAUAUAAUUGUGGAUACUGAUGAAACUUGGGAUAAGUUCAAUGUACAAACUUAUAAUGCCGAAGAAAAGUGCCUGAAACGAGGAGUUUUAAGAAAACUCGAUGUUGCACCGCCUUCAAAAAAGAAAGAAUUCCGAGAUCAAGAACGGGAGAGGAUCAAGAAUGUUGAAAAUCCUAUUUGUGAUACAAUUGAGACUGUUAUUAUGGACAAAAAUGUUAUAAAGGAAAAUGAGGCUCGACGUGAAAAAAGAAUUGCAGCAUUGAGAGACCUCAUCAAGCGUAGGCAUCGUACUCAAAAUAAUGUUGCCAAUUUGAAAAUUUACGAUAACUAUACAGAAAAUUCGAGGAAUGAAGAACCUCAAAUGCAAGAAUUUGAAAGACUCAAAAUUGUAGAAAAUGGUAUUUGUGAUGUAAUAUCGCAGAAUGAGGGUGUGAAUGCCGAAAAUGAACAGGCAAAACAUGCAGCAAAAAUUGUUGCACUUAAGGAACUUAUCAAACGUCGUAUUUCUAAGCAUAAAGUAGGAUUGCAGCCCUAAAGGACCUUAUUAGACGUGGCGGAGCCACUCCUUACAGAGUUAGGGCACCAAAUGGAGCUAAGGUUGAGAUUUCCAGGUUUAAAUAAAAAAAAUGCCUCAAAGAUGUUUAUGGACCCCUCAAUAGCUGUGGAAGUUUUGUGGAUUUAUGUAUUUUUGAAUAAAUGUAGAACCAUAACUUAAGUUGAAACGUUUUCAAAAUAGUAAUUAUUUUCUGUUUAAAAAUCGUUAUAGAGUUUUCUUAGCAAAUUUAUUUCUUCAAAAAGAAUAUAUUCCUAUAUAGUAUAUUAUUAAGACUGAUUUUACGAAAAUACGUAAUCCAACUUAGAGGAAAAAUUGAAAUAUUUUUUUGAUCACAAAAUUGUAAUUUAUAGUAGGC